AUAAGAGUAUUCAAAAUUUGUAUAUGGGUUGGAAAAGGUGAAGACAAUGAGAGAGAGUGGUAGAGCGAGAGAAUGGGAUUCAGGCACUGGACACAAGGCGCGGCAUCGACGGUUAGCACUGGGUAGUGAGAAGAUUAGAAUCCAAGAGAGAGGUCGACAGUGGAAGGGGGUGGAUACAAGGCAACUUAGCUGGAAUGGGAAUCGGAAUGAGCACAGAGAGUGGGGGUAUGACAGAAGACAGUGGAAAAGAGGGAAUUGGAGUAGUCCACAGAGAAGAAGCAAGAACGGAAGGAGGUUCGGUUUUGUUAGGUUCCUUAAUGUAAGGAAUACCAAGGAACUUAAGAAACAGCUUGAUCAAAUAAAGGUUGAGGGGCAUAAAUUAUGGGUAAAUCUAACCAAAUACCCAGAGGAGAAAGAUAAAGGGGAGACAGUAAGGAGAAUCAUCCCAUCAAAAGAAAUUGUUCAUGGGAAAUCAUAUGCUGAUGCUGUACGAGGACAAGAAGGUCGUGGAUCCGGGAAAAUCGAAGAGAAGAUACCUGCGAGCCCCUUGAAAGGAGAGGAGUGGUCGGGACUGGAGUUUAAUAUGAAAGAAGAAGAGUUUCAGUGGCUGCAUGGAAGCUAUGUGGGAGUUGCUCACUUAGUGGAGAUUGUCCCCAAUCUACAAGAGAAGUUCUACAUGGAAGGGUACUUCUCAUGUAGAUUAAGAGCUAUGGGGGGAAAACUGGUCUUUAUGGACGAUGAGAACAAAGAUGAAAUUAAGGAUUUAGUGGAGGGAGCCUCAGAGUGGCUUGGUCAAUGGUUUUCAGAGAAAGUUAAAGUCAAUGGGGAUAUAUAUGAGUUGAAGUUUUCAGAGAAGGAAUUGACAAACAGUCUCUUCUCACUGAAGUAUGAUUUCAGGCCGUCUUUUAAUAGUGACUCAGAGCUUGAUGAGUCUUGGUCGGAUGCCUUUGAUUAUACAGCAGGCUUUGAUGAAGAUAGCGGGGGAGCAAAAAUCGGAGGUAAUGUCGGCGAGGAUAUUUCAGGCAGAGAAACAUUUCCGAGCAACGAGAGAGAAAGCAGGUUGGCUAUCACUUCAAACUCAGAAGCAAAAUUUGAAUUCGAAGGAAAGAGUGAUGAUGAUGAAUGGUCAAAAAAGAAGGUUAGGCUCUCACAUAGCAGAUUAGGUGAGGAAGAGUCCGUUGAUGUGGUAGCAAAUAGUUUUGAAAUGGAUAUGGAAGAGGAUGAUGCAGGGGAGAGAGAUGAUAUUAGAAUGUGUGUAUCAGGAAAUGGAUAUGCUGCCAAAGGAAAUUGGGCCGGUGAAGGAAUGUCAAAAGAAUAUUGGGCCGAUGAAAGAAUAUAUAUUAGUCCACAAAUGGGGAUUGAAAUGAGGCUCGACGAGGGAGUUAAAAAGAAGAACUCACGGGAAAAUGCAAAAAAUAAAAGCACAAAUAUUCUGAAGAAUUGCAGCUCUUGUAGCAACGAGAGGGGUAGUAUAGAAGGGAGCAGGGAAGAGGAGACGGGCACAACACAGAAAAAGGACAAGAAAAAGAUAAAGAAAAGGAGCAAAUCGUGCACUUCCGUAUACCAAAAAUCAAUCCUUCUUGGAUUCAUGAAGCAGAAGAAGAAAAGCAGGGGCAGAUGUGGCGCGAGGCAAGCGGAGGAAGAAGCAGUGCCGAUGUUCCUGCCAAGCACAAGCAACUCAAUAGCGGGUGGAUCCGUAAGAGAUAGCGGUAUUCAGAAUUGUAAUAGAUUGCUAAAGGAACUCCCUAACAAGCAGAUUGCUACUGAUAUAUGGGAGUUUGUGAAGAAGAUAGGGGUAGUUGCAGAGGAAGAAGAAUCAGUCAUCAAGAAACUUGAGGAGAUGGAGACUAGAGAUAGAACAACAAAAGAGAAAGAAAGCUUAAAGGGUCCGAGUAAAGAACAGAAGGAAACUAAAAAGAGUGGAAUAGAUAGAAAAUUUUGUAGUUUGUUGUGGAGGAUAGAGGAGUUUGAAUGGGUGGCUAAGGAUUCGGUAGGAUUGUCGGGAGGUAUGGUCUGUGUAUGGAACUCUAAAGCACUCAGAAUGAUGAAAGUUUGGGAGGAGGAGAAAGUAGGAAGCAAAGCAGUAACUAUUGAGAUGAGGGAGUUUAACAAUUUCAUAAUGGAAUCAGAACUGAUUGAUAUACCAUUAGUGGGUAGAAAAUACACAUGGUAUCAACCGAGUGGCAAGUUGAUGAGUAUAAUUGGCAGGUUCUUACUGUCUGAAGAGUGGUUGAAUAAGUGGGGGGAGGCAACACAAUGGGGACUAACCAGAACUGUAUCCAACCAUUGCUCAAUCCUUCUUAAACAUCAGAAAGUAAACUGGGGACUUAAGCCAUUCAGAUUCUUUGAUGUUUGGCUAGAGCAAGAAGGGUGUUGGGAGGUGAUAAGAGAAGCAUGGAGAAAGGAAAAAAGUCAUCGGUGGGCCGGAUUUCGUCUCAAAGCAAAACUCAAGAACACCAAAGAGGCCUUGAAGACAUGGAGCAGAAACCUUGUCCCAAAGAUAGAAAGAAGAAUAAGAGAUGCUACGGCAGAGAUCUCGCAGCUAGAUGUGAAAGGAGAGAUGGUUCAGCUAUCUGAGGAAGAGAUUGAGAGAAGAAGACAGGCAUUCUUGAAUUUGUGGGACAAUAUUAGACACAAAGAGUAUGCUGUAGCAGAAAUCCAAGAAAGCAUGGCUAGCGAAUGGAGAUGCAAACACGAAAUUUUUCCACAAUUGUGUGAAGGGGAGAUGGAAAAGGAAUGAAAUGAAUAGCAUUCAUGUAA